CCCCUUCUACUUCUCUCUCUCCCCCUACCUUUAUUCGAGCAAAAGCAAAGAAAUGCAGAGGCAUCAUCGACCUCGUCACCAAUUGAUUAUCAGAGCAGAAGCUUAAAUCUCAAAUGCCCCUCAAAUCCCUAGACUGCUCUUCCUCUUCUUCUUCUUGAACAUCGUCGUCGUGUUGUUCUUCUUCCUCCAUCUCUUUGUCCUUGUAUUUUCAUCAAAUCCCGAAUCUCCACGGAGCCGAGCUACUAUUCUGCCGUUUUUAUAACUAAAAAAUUUGUUCUUUUUUUUUUUUUCUUACCGGAACUUCCAUCGAAACCCUAGCUCCCCCUCCCCGCUCGAAACCUGAUACGUCGAUUCACUGACUUGCAAGUCAGCACUAGCCCACAAACCCUAGUUCCCUUUUGCCCCAGGAUUAUGGUGAUUCAGCGGGCAGAUUUGGUGACUCGACGUGGUGAUGCUACAUUUUAGCUAUUUCACGCUGUGGUAGUCAAUGCUGGGGCCAGUAUGCUGGUGAUAGUUAGGAGAGAUGCAAAGAUAUCAUGCUGCCAACUGCUCUAGUGCAGUAAAUAAUAGUGCAAUUGGUCUGACGUCAGCUAGGGAAUCUGCGCGUGCUGAAUCGCCUGCAUUGCCUUCUAGCUUCCCUCUUAACUCCAGACGGCCAGCUCAGCUAGCACCAUACAAGUUGAAGUGCGAAAAAGAACCUUUGAAUUCCCGACUCGGGCCUCCAGAUUACCAUCCGCAGACACCUGAUUGCCCCGAGGAGACCUUAACCAGAGAAUAUGUUCAGUCUGGUUACAAGGAGAUGGUUGAAGGGCUUGAGGAAGCUCGAGAGAUUUUGUUGACUCAAGUUCAGACCUUUACAAAGCCUGUUGUACUCAAAUGCAAGGAGGCAAUAAGAAAAAGACUUAGAGCGAUCAAUGAGUCUAGAGCUAAGAAGCGCAAGGCUGGUCAAGUUUAUGGUGUGCCUCUAUCUGGUACCUUGUUGAGCAAAGCUGCUGCCUUUCCUGAACAAAGACCAUGUACUGAAGACUUCAGGAGAAGAUGGAUUGAGGGUUUGUCACAACCUCAUAAAAGAUUGCGUUCUUUGGCAGACCAUGUUCCUCAUGGUUAUAGAAGAAAGUCUCUUUUUGAAAUUCUUAUUAAGAAUAAUGUGCCAUUGCUGAGAGCAACGUGGUUCAUUAAAGUUUCUUAUCUUAACCAGAUCCGACCGGGCUCUUCUGGAACUCCUGACAAGAGUCAGUUGUCCCGUACUGAGCUGUGGACAAAGGAUGUCAUUGAUUAUCUGCAGUACUUAUUGGAUGAAUUCAUCAAAAAUAAUUCCCAUUCUAACCCCCAGCUCAGAGAUCGAUCACCGCAAGUGAUUUAUUCAGGGUCAACCCUACAAAAGGGAGAACCAGCAUCAUCUACUUUGGAUGGUGAGGAGCCUUCCCUCCAUUUCAAAUGGUGUUAUGUGGUGCGUCUAUUGCAGUGGCACCAUGCUGAAGGGUUGCUUCUUCCUUCACCCAUCAUUGAGUGGGUCCUUAAUCAGCUCCAGGAUAAGGAAAUAUUUGAGAUUUUGCAGCUGCUACUGCCCAUCAUAUAUGGUGUCAUUGAAGCCGUUGUUCUAUCUCAAAGUUACGUGCAGAUUCUUGUUGGAGUGGCUCUGCGUUACAUUCGUGAACCUUCUCCUGGGGGGUCUUAUCUAGCUGAUAAUUCUCGCAGGGCGUAUACAUGUUCUGCUGUAGUUGAGAUGCUGCGGUAUAUGAUGCUGGCUGUACCUGACACGUUCGUUUCUUUGGAUUGCUUUCCUUUACCUUCAUGUGUUGUCUCUCAUGCAACCAAUGAUGGUGGAUUUGUUGCAAAGGCAUCUGAAGAUGUAGGAAAGAUGGAAAUAAGUUCAGCAGAAAUUGCUUGUAUGUUCAAGAGGAAGAGGUUUGACGCCCUGUAUCAGUCAAAGUCAUUUCAUCGCCUUGUAUCAUGCAUUCGGAAACGUUCAGACAAGUUAGCAAAGAGUAUAUGUCCAGGAAACUCGUGUAGUAGUUAUGCUAAAGCUGUUCAAGCUUUGGACAAAGCUCUUGUGCAAGGGGAUCUAAGGGUAGCCUACAAGUUUCUUUUUGAAGAUUUCUGCGAAGGAGCUCUUGAUGAAGGUUGGAUCAAAGAAGUCAGUCCAUGCUUAAGAUCAUCUCUGAAAUGCAUUGAGACUGUGAACCUGUCAUUUAUUCACACUGUGUUCUUUCUCUGUGAGUGGGCUACAUGUGAUUUUAGAAACUUUCGAACUAGUCGUUUCAAUAGGAUGCAGUUUACUGGAAGAAGAGACUUCUCUGAAGUUUAUGCAGUGAUUUGGUUUCUCAAAAUGAAAGCAAGAGAUCUACAGAAUGAUGCAUGUAGCGGGAGUGGUGAUGCUGUUGGUGUAGCUGGUCAUGAAGAGCGCGGCCUAGAUAAUGGUAACUUGGGCCCAACUUCUGGUACAAAUGGAUUUGAAAUUGGUGAUAGUAUGAAUCAUCUAAAUAGAAGUAUGAGUUUGGUGGAUGUCUUCGACAGCCCUGGCCCAUUACAUGACAUAUUGGUGUGCUGGAUUGAUCAACAUGAAGCACACAAAGGAGAGACCCUUGAGCGUUUGCAGCUACUCAUUGUGGAACUUACACGCUUUGGCAUCUUUUACCCACAGGCCUAUGUGAGGCAGCUGCUUGUCAGUGGUAUAUUGGACCUGAAUUUCCCGAUUGUUGAUGUGGACAGACACAUCCGCCAUUGUCAGGUUCUGAAGCUGCUGCCUGAGGCGUUAGUUCAUGAUGCAUUGAAGGAGAUGAAGAUUGCUGAUGGGGCAGAGCUUGCUGAGGCAGUCCAUGUUUAUUCAAAUGAGCGGCAACUUGUUCUUCGGAACCGUCUUUGCAAUCAACAUAGGUAUACUGGUGACGGCAAGCUUUUGGGUCAGAAACUCAAGAAGCACCAUCCCAGGGAUGUUCCUUCGCCAGCAUCUGUGGAUCACUGGAAAUCUGUAGGGUCACCUUCCGAGGUACUUUCUUUUAGAAAGGCCAAGAGUGGUGUCCACAUUGACGAGCUGAAGACUGCAAUAUCGGCUCUCAUGCAAUUUCCUAGCUCAGAUUCUGGGCUUGUUGACACUGUAGUUGAUGAAUCUGAAGGGAGUGUUAAGAGGCCUGCUGGGUCAAUGUGCAACAAGGUUCAAUUGACAGAUGGAUGCGAAGAGUGCAGAAGGGUAAAGAAGCAAAAAUUGACAGAGGAAAGGAGUUCAUACAUUCAGGUACAUUCCCCGACUCCAUUGGAGGAGGAUGAUUUAUGGUGGGCAAGGAAGGGGCCGAAACUGAUAGAACCAAUGAGAAUUGAUCCACCACUUAAAACAACAAAGCAAACAUCCCGUGGUAGACAAAAAGUUGUGCGUAAAACUCAAAGCCUUGCUCAACUAGCUGCUGCUAGAAUUGAGGGUAGCCAAGGAGCAUCUACCAGUCACGUUUGUGAUAACAGGAUCAGCUGCCCUCAUCAUAGAACAGUGAUGGAUGGAGAGAUUCCCAAAGUAACUGAUGCAAACGGACCAUCUCAUUAUGGUGAUAUAAUUUAUAUUGGAAAAGCUUUAAGAAGGCUGCGAUUUGCAAAGAGGAGAAUGGUUACCUCUUGGUUGAUUAAUGUAGUCAGGCAGCUUGUGGACGAGGCAGAAAAGGCUUCUUCCGUCAAGGUUGGGCAGUUCAAUAACAGGAGUUUUACUGCCCUUGACGACUUGAGCUCCUUGAAGUGGAAGCUUAGUGAAGAUGAGUUAUCAGGGAUAUUGUAUCUGAUGGAUGUCUCCAAUGACUUAGUUUUGGCCAUCAAGUUCCUUCUUUGGUUGUUGCCUAAAGCUCUUCGUAUUCCCAAUUCAACAAUUCAUAGUGGAAGAAACCUGCUGACACUGCAAAGGCACAUGGAAAGCCAUGUUUGUGAAGUUGGGGAGGCAUUUCUUUUGUCAUCCCUCAGAAGGUAUGAGAAUACCCUUAUUGCAGCAGAUCUUAUCCCACAAACUUUAUCUGCUCUGAUGCAUAGAGCAGCAGCUUCUGUUGCCUCCAAUGGAAGAGUUUCAGGUACAUCAGCUUUGGCUUAUGCUCGAUAUCUGUUGAAGAAGUAUGGUGCAGUGAGUAGUGUCAUGGAAUGGAGGAAGAAUUUCAAGGCAGCAAGUGACAAAAGACUCUUAUCUGAACUUGAAUCUGGACGAUCAAUAGAUGGAGAACACGGAUUUUCUAUGGGAGCUCCAACUGGAGCUGACGAUCUUGAUGACUUAUUGCGUCAGAAGCUAAGCAGUUCUCGGUUAUCUAGAGUGGGCAUGGUUAUGAGAGAGAUUGUUCAGAGGCACAUUGAGGGUGCCUUCCAUUUUUACUCAACCAAAGAGAAGAAGUUGCUUUCUGCUGGUGGCCCAAAAGGUCCUAUAAUGGACAAGGGAGAUGAAGGAUAUCAGAAAGCUCAGCAGAUACUCAUGGGACUCAUGGACUGUAUCAGGCAAACUGGUGGUGCUGCACAAGAAGGGGACCCAUCGUUGAUUUGUUCUGCGGUGUCUGCUAUUGUUGGCAGCAUCGGGCCCACAUUAGCUAAAGUACCUGAUUUUAGUUCAGGCAGUAGUUAUGCAAACACAAGCUUGCCGCCUGCUCCGGGAUCAUAUGUUGCCAAGCGGAUUUUGAGGAUCCAUAUCACUUCACUGUGCCUCUUGAAGGAAGCUCUUGGCGAGCGUCAGAGUCGGGUAUUUGAGGUGGCUCUUGCAACGGAAGCCUUGUCUGCUCUUUCAGGAGCUUUUUCUCCAGGAAAGGUGUCGAGAAACCAGUACCAGCUCUCACCUGAAUCUCACGAUUCAAAUCUAAAUACUUCUAUGGAUUCUGCCAAGGGUGCUGCUGGUAGAGCCACCAAAAUUGCUGCUGCCGUGUCUGCACUUGUAAUUGGAAGUGUCCUGCAGGGAGUUACUAGCUUAGAGAGAAUGGUCACUGUUUUUAGACUGAAAGACGGGUUGGAUGUAUCCCAGUUUGUGAGGAGCUUGAGAUCUAACUCCAAUGGUAACACCCGUUCACCAGGCCCUGUUAAAGGUGAUGGCCUGUUGGAAGUUUACAUUCAUUGGUUUAGGCUUCUAGUGGGAAGCUGCAGGACAGUCUCGGAUGGGCUAAUAGUUGAGCUUCUAGGGGAGCCAUCUGCUUUAGCUCUUUCGAGGAUGCAGCAGACUCUUCCUCUUCGCUUAGUUUUCCCGCCUGCCUAUGCUAUAUUUGCCGUCCUCAUGUGGCGGCCAUAUAUUCUGAAUGGUAAUCUUGCUGCAGCUCGGGAAGACAUCCACCAGUUGUAUGUGUCACUGAAUGCGGCAAUGAAUGAUGCUCUGAGACACUUUUCUUUUAGGGAUGUUUGUUUGAGAAACACCCAGGGCUUGUAUGAUCUGAUAGCGGCAGAUAGAACUGAUACUGAGUUAGCGGAAACACUGGAUGUAAAGUGCUCAGAUGUGAAAUCUAAAGGCAUUGUCCCUCUCUGUGCGAGGCACUUUCUGAAUGCUAUUCUUGAUUGUAGAAUACCCUCGGUUUUUACACAGGAUGAACCCAAAGCUCUUUCUGCUGAAAUUGAAACCAGGCUUGUUGAUAAGAUUGUCCAUGUCUUGAAUACCCUGCAACCUGCCAAGUUUCAUUGGCAGUGGCUGGAGCUGAGGCUACUCUUGAACGAACAGGCUCUUAUAGAAAAGCUAGAAAGCAGCAAUGACUCAUCUCUAAAGGAGGUGAUGCAGUCACUGCCAUUUGGACCCAAAAAAGCUGCUGCUUCCGACAAUGAGAGCAAUGUCAUUGAGAUCAUUCUCACAAGGUUACUUGUGAGACCUGAUGCUUCUCCCCUUUACUCCGAGGCGGUUCAUCUCUUAGGGAGGUCACUGGAGGAUUCUUUGCUGUUGAUGACAAAAUGGUUUCUUGAAGGGAAUGACGUACUUUUUGGGAGAAAGACGGUCAGACAGCGUCUUAUCAAUAUUGCUGAGACAAAAGGUCUUUCGAUAAGCUCUCAGUCUUGGAAGCAUUGGGGUUGGGCCCACUCUGGUCCUGAUAAUAUCUCGAGUAGAAAUGAUCUGGGUAAGAGGAAAUAUGAAAUGACUAGUCUGGAAGAGGGAGAGUUCAUAGAAGAAUGUUUGGAAUCGAAGAAGCACGGGAAAGGUUCAGCGGGACGGUCUUUGGAUGCUGAAGCAAAUAAUAUCUGCAAGUCCCAUGCGACCGAGAAAGCUCUUAUCGAACUGAUUCUCCUUUGUAUGGAUCAGAGUUCCGACGAGUCGCGAUAUACUUUUGCAAGUGAUCUGAUUAAGCAGUUAAGCGCAAUCGAGCAACAGAUGAAUGCGAUUGCUCGUGGGACGAGCAAGCAGGCUGGAACUUCUCCUUCUGUCACUGACAGUCCUGUUGGAAAGACCAGUAGCCGCAAGGGGAGUAGAGGUGGCAGUCCAGGAAUGGCUGCCAGGAGGCAAGUGGCAGCAGAUCCUGCACCUCCUUCUCCAGCAGCUCUGCGAGCUUCAAUUUCCUUGCGACUCCAUUUCCUUCUAAGGUCAUUGCCUGUCAUCUGUGCUGAUAGGGAACCUUCAGGAAAGAACAUGAGACACAUGCUUGCGCCUGUAAUGCUUCAUCUUCUGGGGAAUCGGCUUAUUUACGAAGAUGCGGAGCUGCCAUUUUGUCCUGGCCAGAGUUCUCCACGCAAGAGGGAUAGCAGUGAAAUGCUAAUGGAAGCCCAGGGUGUUGCUGCUUCCCUGCUGCCUGGUGAAAGCCUUUUUGAUAGGAUGUUGCUGAUACUUCAUGGGCUACUGAGCAGUACUCAGCCCAGUUGGCUGAAAUCAAAACGUGUAUCGGCAAUAACUCAUGAAUCCAUGAGAGAUUUCUGUGGAUUUGAGAAGGAAGUUUCCGAAAAAUUACAGAAUGAAUUGGAAAGCAUGCAACUUCCCGACAAGAUCCGAUGGCGAAUCCAAGCUGCAAUGCCAGUACUUGUCCCUUCUGUUAAAUGCUCCAUCUCCUGCCAGCCCCCAUCUGUGCCGCAGUCCGCUAUUGCUCCUCUACUUCAACCUAGUACAUUUCCUCCUGCAAGUUCAAACCCGACCCAGAGGACUUCGCAAAGAACUCAAUCUUCUAGCGCACUUGGCAAGUCAAAAGCAUCGCCGGCAGUGCAACUGGAGAAUGAGAUGGAGUUUGACUCGUGGACCCUCUUGGAAGAUGGUGUGGGGUCCGCCCCGUCUUCGGGAGGCAUUUCUGCAAUGGGAAGUGCAGACGGUGCCAAUCUGCGAGCCUCCAGUUGGCUCAAGGGAGCUGUGCGGGUGAGAAGAACCGAUCUCACUUAUGUCGGUCCGGUCGAUGAAGACAGCUAAAGCUGAUUCAGUAAUUUCAACUCUACUCUCUUGAUUGAUUUGGCAUCAAAUUGGCGCUGUGCCAAGCGGUCUGGGCUCUCCUCUUUUUGCUUCACGGAAUUAAGAAUUCCCUUUGGAGGCUUUGCCUCCCCUUCGUGGGCCAAGAGGGAGCUGGUCGAGAGGGAAAAUUUUUUCUGCCGCACGUGAAGGUUACUUGACCAAGACGAUUGAGAGAUGCUGCUUUGACGGGGUUGCUGGCCAAGUUGACCACUAACUCCUUGAUUACCCCUGCGAUCUGGACUCAAGAGUUCAGAGGCUUCUUCUUGUAUAUAUGUCGGGGAUGAUUGCAUCUCGGCCUUAUCAUUAAUUGGCCAGGCAAAAAAAAAAGUCGACAUGCUUCUUAGUGUCCUCCCAUGUUGCAUUCGUCUUGCCGAGGCAGCGAUGCAUGUAAAAGUUGUUGGAACGUUGAGGGUUAUAUCCUUGUUUGUAGCUGUUUGAGCUCUGGGAGGGGUUUGGGAUACUUUGAAGGAUGAUAUUUUCACUUCUGCUUGCAGCCAAAAGAAUUUGUUGUUCCAUAGUCUAUAGUCUCGGCGUAUUUGGCUGUACGGAAUCUGUAUUGCUCAUAUCUAUCAGAACCUUCAUCGCUCUCUUUGCCAAAGUACAGUUCAUUUGAACCAAUUCAGUUACGAAUUUUAGUUGUUUUAUAA